AUGACCGAGUUAGUCAGUGGAAACAUUCUGCUCGACAACGUCGAUGUCUCUUUGGUCGAUUUGUCCGUUCUAAGGUCUCGAAUCGCCAUCAUCCCUCAAAGUCCUGUCCUCUGCAACGGUACCGUGCUGGAUAACCUGAUGAUCGGCAAUCAGUGUACUGAAAAUAUAGUGAAGGAAACCAUUGAUCGGUUCAAUUUUGCUGAUGCAAUAAACAACAUCGGCGGCCUGAAUCGAAUGAUUGGCGAAGGCGGUGCUGGCCUUUCCUUUGGGGAACGUCAAGUGAUUUGUCUCUUGAGGGCUAUGAUAAGCCAUGCAAAGGUUAUAUUCGUUUCUUUUAAUUUUUCAACAGGUACCAGGAAAAUGCUUUGUUGAUU